CAACUGAACUCAUGCCACUUCGGUUAAACGUCGUAAGAAUAGUUAGAGAAGUCUACUGCUUUUUGUGAUGCAACUUUUGAAACUUUGAAAUCAACCAGCUGAAUUUCCGACACUGAAAAGUCUGCACACUGAAAGGCAAGUCUUUUCAUUCUGUGGUACUAUUUGAGUCAUGCACUCAGAUCGGCAGAUAGCAGCACUCGGGCGGCCUCUCCAUCCUGGGAUGCUCUACAACGCUCGCAACGACACCAUCAUUCCAGGUGUGACACUAUGGUCUGAUGAAGACAUGCAAAAGGUCAUGAGAAUCAAAGGACAUCAGAACACGUCCUUCGAUGUGACAGCAUCCGACUCCAUGAGACAGAAAAGCAAAUUCCUUGAAAUCAGUGCCUCUUUAAAAGGAAGCUUCUUGCUGGGACUAGUGAGUAUUGAAGGCUCAGCUAGUUUUCUGAAUGACAGACUUUCUUCGACCCGCCAGUGCAGGGUGACAAUGCAAUACAAGGAGACCACACAAUUCAAAGAACUCAUUGCCACCGACAUGGAGAUCAAGCAUCCGGAGAUCUUUGAGAGGAAUGAGGCCACGCACGUGGUUACUGCAGUGCUCUACGGCGCCGAGGCCUUCAUGGUUUUUGACCAGAUGGCCUCCGACUAUCAGGAGAAAAAAGAAAUCAAAGGCACCCUGAAGGCAAUGAUCAAUAAAAUUCCCCUGCUUCAGUUGUCAGGUGAGGGAAAAGUGGCCAUGACUGAGGAGGACAAACGCAAGGCACGAAAGUUCAGCUGCAAGUUUCACGGCGACUUCAAACUGAAAGAGAACCCCUCAUCAUUCGAAGAGGCUGUGAUUGUGUACAAGCACCUUCCUUCCCUGCUGGGGCAGAAAGGAGAGGCUGCCGUGCCCAUGAGGGUCUGGCUGUACCCCCUGAACAACCUGGAACCAAAGGCCGCCAAGCUAGUGCGAGACAUCAAUGCGUCCGCGGUGUCAAUGCUUGAGUUGAUUUUAGAGCACCUCCAUGAGGCUAAAAUGAGAGCACGUGACCUGAUUAAGCUGAGCAAGAACAUGAGCCUAACAGUGCUCCGAGACAAACUGGAGAGCUUCCAGAACAUGCGUGCAGAGUACACCAUCAUCUUUAAACGGAAACUGAAGGGGGUGCUGCCGGAGAUCAGAGGGGGGACAGUUGCCGAGACGGCCUUCACCGACAUCCUGAGGUUCCACGAAGAGUCGUCCUUCUCCAAGAUAAAAAUGAGGGAGUGGCUCAACGAGAAAGAAACUGAAAUCACCAUCGUCCAGUCUUACAUCAGCCUACUCGGCAGCACCUCACUGGUGCCACCAGGCCCAGAGCUGGACAAAGUCCUGUAUCAUCCGAAAGUGGACACGGUGGUCAUGUUCAGCUUCACCUCGCUGGAGUACCCUGAACCGUACCUCUCCAACCUAGAAGGGUGCCUGAACUGUGAGGACUUUGCCAAAAUGGCCGACGUGAACGUUGCUCUACAGAAGACAUUCUCGAAGAACACUGUGCCCUGGUAUGAGUAUCCGGGAGCCAUUCCAGCCUUGCGCUCCUGCUGCCCGAUCUUCCUGGGGGUGAAGGCCCGAUGUGCGAGGAAUCCUUUGCAUGCGGCGCUGAUCAGCUACGUAACAGAUGCCUCUCACCCGGGAUCCUCUCUCCGCGUCUACAAGAAUGGGAAGUGCAUAAACCCCCACCUGAAACCGCCAGAGAAGCACGAGGAGUGUGAGAUGGCGGUUAGUGAAGGCGAUGGGUUAACAAGCCACCAGAGAGAAGGGAGCGCCACUAAAGAACAGGAGGAUCUUCUGAGCUUUGAUGAUUAAAGGAAAAACUAGAUUAUUUAAAGUGUCCAAUGGUCGGCUAAUGAUCACAUCUCCUUGAGGCCAGCAGAUACAGACCAAAGGAAUGAUGGGGCUUUGAGCAUAUUUGAGAGUGCAGCAUACCUAUGGCAUGUAAAUGGAUACUAUCUAGUUUUACAUGGAAUACAAUUGUAGAAUAUACCCAAAUACAGUAUUUGCUGAUAAUGUUCCUGAUUGCUUGCAGGCAUUUAACUUGCCAUUGCCUGAUUAUUGUUGACUAUUGUUGGAUGGAGAUCAAGGGGAAGAAUAUUUCAGAACAUACAAGCUUGAACUUCCACAUAAUUUUUAUAUGUUUAAAGAGUACCGGUAAUUAUGUUGUUUAAUGCCAGUUGUCUAUUUGCUUGUCUAUUAUGUUCUUGUAAUGGUUAAAAUGAUUAUGUUUUUUCUAGGCACUUUGACCAUUCAAAAUGUGUGAAGUGGUUCAUGACAGCAAUACAUAAACAUGAGUGCCGCCCAGUGGCUCAUAGUGGAUAUUGCAAAUUAUUUGGGUCUGCAUUUAAUAAUUCUGUUUCUCUGUAUUUUGAAAAGAACAAGAACAAGAAAAAUAAUAAAAUAACCACUGGCUUAA